AGUUAAAUGUUCCUACCAGAUUGAGGACGACAGCAGAGAAGAUCUGAAAACAAACAUUUACAGGACUAUGAGACUUUACAUCCUUUUCAGUUUUCUGCUUUUGGCUGUGAUUUGCAGCUGUCGUGUGGAAGAUAGUCAAGUGAAAUUUGGCCCCCUCUGCAGUGGGAACACAAGUAACCGCAAAAGAGGAUGUGAUACGAAGUAUGGCUGUGGAAACUUUGGGGCCAGCCGAGGCGGUGGAAAACGGAAACAUGAGGGUCUUGACAUUGUGUGUGCUGAUGGAGCCACAGUUUAUGCUCCAUUUGAUGUGAAGCUGAACGGCAAAGCUGCACCGUACAAAAAGAACAAUGCUAUCAAUGAUGGCAUUAACUUGAGCGGAGAAGGUCUCUGCUUCAAGUUGUUCUAUGUUAAGCCGGACAGUUACUCUGGGACCCUGACGAAAGGGCAGAAGAUCGGAACUCUGCUCCCAAUGCAGAAUGUUUAUCCUGGAAUCACUUCCCAUGUUCACGUUCAAAUGUGUGACAAAUCAGAUCCCACCAAGUACUUCUGAUGCUGAUGGAGCUGAUGACCACCUGCAAACCACUUCAGAGUCUUGUGCCAUUUAUAUCAGCUUUCUUUCUGUAUGCUGGUGCCCUGCCCUGCCCUUUGCAAUCUAAUAAUAAAGUUGUGAAGACUAUUAUGUUCUCAGUGUUACAUGUGGUAAAUUGUACCAUCAUAACAUAUAAAUCAUCCUGCUUUUUGGACUUAUUCACAAAGAAAUACAAAACAGUGUCUGCUAUAUACAAGGAAGUUAUACACACUGAUAAUUAGUAAGAAAAGUCAAUAAAUAAAUAAAUCA